AUGCGCGCCGUGGGCGCGGACUGGCCCGCAGAGCUGCUGCUGGCCCUCGGCUGGCUGCUCCUAGUGUGCCUGCAGGCGUCGCAGGCAGCGAAUGUCACCAGUGACCCAGGAAUCCGGCGUGGGUCCGAGAUCGAAAAUGAGGAGCGAGUGGACGAGGAGGCCGAGAAUGACAAUGAUGUGCCCGAGAAUGAGACUCGUCCGGCGCGCCGAGGAAGAGGGGCUUCACGUUCUGCAUUGUGGGCUUCUGAGGAUUCAUGUGUCCUCUGCAAUUUUAGAUUUCAGAACAAAACAGUAGUCAAAGAAGUCGAAUUUGGAAUGUGCACAGUGACAUGUGGUGUUGGAAUCAGAGAAGUUAUUUUAACCAAUGGAUGCCCUGGAGGUGAAUCCAAGUGUAUUGUUCGUGUGGAAGAAUGCCGUGGACCUGUUGAUUGUGGCUGGGGAAAACCAAUUUCUGAAAGCCUCGACAGUGUUAGACUGUCAUGUGUUCAUAUAUCUCCCGAAAUCGCUUCAAAUAUAUGUGGGAAGCUUCUUCAGUCAGAUCAAUCACAACCUGUUAUACUUUCAAAUGAUUCAGCAGUCCUUGAUACAAGAGAGCUUCAUCCCAUGGCUUUCGAGUGCGACACCCUGGACAAUAAUGAAAUAGUCGCCUCUAUCAAGUUCACAGUCUACACAACAAGUGAACUACAGAUGAGAAGGACAAUCAGGCCAGACACUGAUGCAGUCCUAGUUUUCGUGCUGACCAUAGGAGUCAUUAUCUGCAUAUUUGUGAUCUUUGUAUUGAUCUUCAUCAUCAUAAAUUGGGCGGCAGUGAAAUCCUUCUGGGGGGCGAAAGCCUCAGCCACUGAGAUACACUCCGAGCUGAGUUCUAUGAAGUACAAAGAUUCCACUUCUCUUGACCAAACACCAACAGAUAUGCCUGGACAUGAAGAUGAUGCUUUAAGUGAAUGGAAUGAAUAA